CGACGCUGGACGGUACGGUGAUGUACCCUGUAACUUUUGAGAUUUUUCGAAUCAAGUACGUGCCUUGCUAUUGUAUUAUCUCUGCCAAUACUCGUCAUUUCCUAGUGAUUUAGCUUCUACCGUCGAUCCACUAAUUCAAGAUGUUCAUAAAAUGAAAAGCUAUCAUCCAGGGUCCCUUGGGAGUCGGGAGUCGGGAGUCGGAUCAAUAUCACUAUCAUAAGUUCUCAAAUGCCUCAAGACAUUCGGAUAACGUUUGGCAGCAGUUUUUGUUUCGAUAAAACACCGUCGUCGAUGUUCCCUGUGACCUAAAACACUUUCUCCGUGACCUCGCUCUCAGCAUUCUUAACACGGCUAAUACAGCUCUCCGCGUCUCCGGGAUCCCAGAAUUCCAAGUCUGGGCUUGGUAUAGUCAUUAAAAAUUGAAUGGCAAUUAAACGUCAUCUUAUAGUCUGACGUGGGGCGUCGAGUUGAAAUGGCAGGUUUGCGCAAUCGUUGUUAGAGCACUCCUAAUUAAUUCCCAGUGUUUUGAGCUCCGAAUCGAAACACCUGCUGUCUUCUCGACUCGUCUCCGAUUUUGAUACACGUCACGAUGGGUCUCCGUUAACCUGCUCAAUAGAAUGCAGGACAAUAUUCAUUGGUUGAGCCGAUUGUAGUUAAGAACUCCCUUGAACUUGGCAAGUCGCAAGAAACUCGAUGGCACCUGUUGAUGGAAUUCCUCCCGAUAUUGCUAAAAUCGCAGGACCUAUUAUCAUCACUUUCAUGUUAGGCUCAAUCUUAUAUGGCGUACAGGUGCUUCAAGUUUACAUGUACUACCUUGCCUUCCCAAAGGAUCGAGGUUUCGUCAAAUACCUGGUCUACACCGUGUUUCUCCUCGAUACCCUGCAGACCGCAUUAUUCUUCCACGAUGCUUUCAAUAUCUUUGGUGCCGGGUUCGGUGAUCUGGCCAACCUCAGGGCGGCUCAUCUGACAGGCUUUAGCGUGCCUAUUCUUACUGGCUUAGUCAGCCUCAUGGUUCAAUCUUUCUAUGCUCGUCAAAUAAGAAUGCUCUCGCGUUCUACUAUACUGGUUGGAGUUGUCAUUGCUAUUGCUUUGGUCCAGUUCGGUGCAGCCAUAUGGACAGGUUAUCUUAUAUUCCGUGUUAACAACAACCACGGUCUUUCCCAACAGCAUUUUGUUCAGAGUUUGGUUGGCGGGAAGUGCCCUAUGCGAUACUAUGAUCGCUAUAGUGAUGACCAUCUAUCUCAUGAAAGCCAAUGCUGUUAUGAAGUCCACACAACUCAAAGUGGCACGUUCAAUUCGCCUGGUUAUCGAAACCGGUACUGCGACAGCGGCGGUCGCCAUCAUCGACUGCGUUCUCUAUAUCGUGUUCGAAAAGUAUUCCUACCACAUGCUGCCGUGCAGAAUAUUGGCCAAGAUGUAUUCAAACACGUUGAUGGUCAUCUUGAACAGUCGUAUGCGAUUCUCUGGUGGGAGGGACGAGGCGAGGUUGUAUCCGACGGUUAUCAACGAUUGGCCGGAAAAUAUUUUCGAGACGUGACCAGAAAUGCUGGAGUUGAGUAGGUAAACGGGGAGGCAUACUAAGACUGGUGGUAUAGCCUGGGUGGAUAUGGACGGGAUCUAGGGUAUCAGACGCUUGUCUGUACUUGGAUUGUAAGUAAGUGUAUUGCCAGCGGUUUCCUGUACGACGGCACUUAACCCCAAGUAUGGAUCUGGCACCACGGGUGGAGUGUAUCAUGAUGACUCGCUGUCUAGGGUCGUUGAAUACGUACAUAGGGUGUUUGUUGUACAUAUAUGUUCAAUGCCAAACCAAGA